AUGAAGGCCGAGUUCAUAUUCGUCGGAUGUGCAAAACGUCCCGAGCUUCUUGGCCUUCCAUCGGACCAUCGCUCCCUGCCGUCCCUACUGGUGCCCGCCCCUAAUCUCCAGGGACUCGAAAUCCACCCUCUCCUUAGCCAAAUGGCAGCCAACCGUGAUGGCUUGUUGCGAGAUAACGUGGAGAUGGCAGCUGGGAUGCCCAAAUUCUUGCCUAGGUGUAUCGCUCGUUCCCAAGGAAUCUUGAUAUUCGUACUCAUGGCCAGCCACAGCAAAACCGGGAGAAAGUAUGCGAGUCACGCUCUUGGGUUGGGCAACGCCUCAAAGUCUGACGAGGUGAGGGUUGGGAUAUUGCCCCUUCAGGCGCCGAGUAAUGGGGUGGGCAUCAACAUCCUAGGAGGUCACGGCAGUAGCACCUCCAUUGUCAACCUCUGCACCUGCAUGUUUCUCAAUAUUGGAUAA